AAAAAAAAUGAGAACUUUCAAAAUUGAAAUCCAUGGAGCAAUAAACUUGGUCGAGUGAUCCUGAUGUAAGAGAGACGAGAGGGGUGCAAUAAGAAUUAACAUCUGAUUAUAUAAUUGAUCCGUCAUCAUUUUUUUCAUCUUGUUCGGUCCCUUUUACCCUUCAAAUCUGUAACUGACUCAAUCUUCUCUUCGCUUUAAAUCAGCAGUCCCCGCAGACAAACCUCACCGAUCCGCCAUUUCUCAUUCUCUGUUUUCAAGUUUAUCAGCGCAGGUUGUUGCAAAUACAAAUCUGAAAAGACGCGCAGUCUGGGAGUCUGACUCACUGGCUUGGCCCUUGGGGAUUUGGAAUUGGUGAUAAAGCUAGAUCCAAAGGGCAUAGCUAUGUCUUUCAUCGGUACCCAACAGAAGUGCAAGGCAUGCGAGAAAACGGUCUAUCCCGUGGAUCAGCUAACCGCUGAUGGCGUUGCUUACCACAAAGCUUGCUUCAGGUGCUCUCAUUGCAAAGGAACAUUAAAGCUAAGCAGCUAUUCCUCAAUGGAGGGUGUUCUCUACUGUAAGCCUCAUUAUGAGCAGCUCUUCAAGGAGACAGGCAGUUUCAACAAGAACUUUCAGUCACCUGCAAAGCUUGCUGAUAAGACGACUCCUGAGCUGACAAGGUCCCCUAGUAAGGCUGCCAGCAUGUUCUCUGGGACACAAGAGAAAUGCGCUACAUGUGGUAAAACUGCUUAUCCAUUGGAGAAGGUAACAGUGGAGGGUCAAGCCUAUCACAAAUCAUGUUUCAAGUGUUCACAUGGUGGCUGUCCCAUAUCACCGUCAAAUUAUGCAGCUCUUGAGGGCAUUUUGUAUUGCAAACACCACUUCUCUCAGCUUUUUAAGGAGAAAGGAAGUUAUAGUCAUCUAAUCAAGUCUGCAUCAAUGAAACGAGCAACCACCCCUGUUCCAGAAUCCUAAAUCUUGCUGCCUGAUAUUUUAUUUUUUGUCCAUUGCAAGUGUUUGUAUGCGUGCUUUUUUCCUGUUCUGGUUCUAUAAUGAUGGCCUUAUACUCGGCCUUUUACAUCUUUCUAUGUGUGGUGUGCAAAUGAUUAUCAAUUGUGCAUUCAGUUAAAUAGUGUGGCUUGCAAGAUGUGUCUUUCAGAGGGGUGGCAUGGCCUCUCGUCCAUUUUGUACUUGAAUUGAUAGUGAAGGAAUCUUUAUUGGUUCCGUUUUUAAUGGCUUCACUCAUGCAACGUUAUAAUCUCUUGCAAA